UAUGCGCAUUGCGCACCCGGCGCACUUCCGCCGUAAUCCUUACACACUCGCUACCCUAUCUCUAGUAUCUACCGGGCCUUCCUCUGCUAUGCUUUACUUUGUCUCAGUAACGCCCUAAUUUCAUAAUCUGUGAUUUCAAAAUAUUAGACUCUAUCUUCCAAUCUUUCAGAGCUUUUUAUUUUUUCCAAAAUAUUUUUCCAAAAUAAGAAUCCGAGCUUACCUUUGGUUUUCUUCCUGGAAUUGGAAAAAUUGCAUCUCACUCCUGUUUUGUGAUUUUAAUUUCGGUGCUCCUGAUCUUUUAAAACCAAAACCCAGUCCAAACUCCCAAAGAACCAUAAAUUCUAGCUGUCCCUUCGAAACUUCACGCCUUUUCACUCUUUGUCACGAAAUUGGACAUGAGAUAGAGUUGGAAACAGCGAAACUCUAUCGAUUUCACAACCGCCGAAGGGAAAAAACCAAUUUUUGCUUAGAUGAAGAAGCUGUGAGAGACAAAGGUGACAGAUAAGGUCGAGAUUCUUCAUCGAAUGUCGGUAGAGAGGUCGUUUGAGGCAUGGGAGGAGGUACAGCGGCACGGUCAGGACUUGGCGGACCGACUAGCUCAGGGUUUCAGCGGGUUGAUCCAGUCCCACAUCAGCCCUCCCUCGUUUCCGUGGCCCAACCCUCAGAAAUCCAUGCUCUUCGACCUCGAAUUCCCAAGUCAGCAGAAUUUUGGGAGAGGAGAUUUCGGAUUGGCGACCGAUAGUUCGGGGAUUAAUGGAGUAUUGGCGAUUUUCGAUAUUGGGAAUAGGAUUGGGCAGGCCGGGGCGGACUUCGGCGCGAACUUGAAUGGGUUGGUCCAGCAGUUUUUCAGGAGGCUGCCUGCCCCGUUUCGGCAGGAGGAGAAUGCGAAGGCGCCUGUGAUGGUGGACGUGGGGGGGAGUAGGCUGAGGGUUGAUGGGGGUGUGACUACGCAAGGGGAUUUGGGGUUGUUGACAGAGAGGCUGAGGGAUUUUGGGUUUGCGGAGAACGAUAGUGGUGCUGAUGAGUUGGUAGAUGAUGAAGUUGCUGGGUUUAAUCUUAGGUCGGCAGGGCUUUUGGGUAGACCGCAGGGGAUCAUAAAUAUUACAUCAACCUAUGAUAGCAGAACGCAUGACGUAGAAAGUUCUUUGGUUGCACGGGGAGAUUUAUGGAGGGUAGAGGCAUCACACGGCAGUUCUACAUCUGGGAAUGACAAUUCAUCUCUCUUUCUUGUCCAGCUUGGACCAGUGCUCUUUAUUCGUGAUACAACUCUUCUUUUGCCUGUCCAUUUGUCAAAGCAGCAUUUGCUUUGGUAUGGCUAUGAUAGGAAGAACGGAAUGCACUCACUUUGUCCAGCUGUGUGGUCAAAGCAUAGAAGGUGGCUGUUAAUGUCAAUGCUCUGUCUCAAUCCCUUAGCUUGUUCGUUUGUAGAUUUACAGUUUCCAAAUGGGAAGUUGACAUAUGUAUCUGGUGAGGGGCUUACUACAAGUGCUUUCCUGCCUAUUUGCGGAGGCCUUCUACAGGCUCAGGGUCAAUAUCCAGGAGAAAUGAGAUUCAGCUUUUCUUGCAAGAAUAAGUGGGGAACACGCAUAACACCAAUGGUGCAAUGGCCUGACAAGUCAUUUGCGUUUAGUUUUGCACAAGCCUUGGCUUGGAAGAGAUCUGGUCUCAUGGUGAAACCGACUAUCCAAUUCAGUUUAUGCCCCACUUUUGGUGGAAGCAAUCCUGGGUUGCAGGCGGAGCUUAUUCAUACGGUGAAGGAGCAACUGAGUCUGAUAUUGGGAUGUGCAUUCAUGACUCAUCCUUCUGCAUUUGCGUCUAUUUCUCUUGGCAGGUCAAAGUGGAAUGGAAAUGUUGGGAGUUCUGGGAUAGUUGUGAGAGUGGACACCCCUCUUUCCAGUGUUGGUCGACCUUCCUUCUCUGUUCAGAUAAAUUGUGGUAUUGAAUUUUAAACGUGAUCCCACACAAGCCCCAAUCAAAGUGUACAGUCUCAAGCUCAGAAACCAUACAAUAAUACAACGUGUGAAUAUUUGAAUGUUAUUUGAUGCCAGUUACACUGAUACCAUCUUCUUUGUAUUUGGAAUAUUUUAUUACAUUAUCUCCUUUUUUUU